CCGCUCAACUGACGUGCAUGCGAUGCAUCAACGAUGCUUUUGGCGCGCGUUGUGGAAGCGCACGCACGAAUAGCAGCAGCCGGAGGAGCAGACCGAUCCGCUUGAUCUGCUCGGGGAUGCUGCGCGGACGCGGCGGCGACGCCAUCGCUGCACAGCUCCACUUUCUCAGAGACCCCUCGCCCAUUGACAAAGCCACCAAAGAGGGACCAGAGUCAGCACCAGCAAAUUCCCAGUACAUCGGCACCAGAGUCACCAAUAUGUAACCUGUUGGUUUCCGGGCUUUGAGGCCUUGAUUCUCCACACCACCAUACCUCACCCGCGAAUCGCGCAGCCAUGGCAUCUUCGUCGUCGCAAAAGCCAUCCGAGGGCAUCGGCAUGCAUCAUCAAGAUAGUGCCAUACAUCUCGGCGAUGGCUCGACGUCGCCAUACCCACAACAACCAACCCCUGAACACCACCAUUUGUCGAUGGAUUCCGAGCCCUCACCACCUAACAAUGACGACGAGGCUGGCUUUUCUUCAGACUCAGCCUUCGACAGCGGAAGUCUCCUUGGCGACGAGACGAAUUCGCUCGCGUCAUCCAUUCUUAACCAUCGUAUUGAGAAUGGACGGCAGUACCACGCGUACCGAGACGGCGCAUACUGGGGACCGAACGAUGAGCUCGCCAAGGAGAUAUUGGACUUUGCUCACCACAUGUAUCUCUUGACGCUUGACCAGAAAUUGCAUCUUGCGCCUCUACAAAACCCACAGACAAUACUAGACUGCGGCACAGGUACUGGCAUAUGGGCGAUUGACAUGGCAGACCAAUAUCCUUCUGCGAUCGUGACCGGUACCGACCUUUCUCCCAUACAACCCGAAUGGGUCCCACCCAACUGUCACUUUGAAAUCGACGAUGUCUCGCUCGAGUGGACAUUUCCGCCGAACCACUUCGACUUCAUACACAUUCGCGAACUCUUCGGUUGCAUACCAGACUGGGACUUCUUCUUCCAGCAAGCCUACCGACACACUAAACCUGGUGGCUGGAUAGAGAUUGUCGAGCACUCGGUGUGCCCUAUAUCCGACGAUGACACAAUGGGUCCAGAUCACUUCUACCAUACGUGGGGGAAGGUUGUUGUUGAGAUGGGCGAUCGUUUCGGCAAGACCUUUACCAUAUGGGAAGAGAGUGCCGAGAGGAUCAAACGAGCCGGUUUUGUGGAUGUGACGGUCAUGGAGUAUAAAUGGCCUAUGAACGGCUGGCCAAAGGAUAAGGAUCUCAAGAAUAUCGGACGAUGGAACCAGUUGCGGUUGAUGGACGGGGUCGAAGGCUUCAUGCUGCGAUUGUUGACACAGGUCGGAGGUUGGUCCGUUGCACGAGCACAAGUGCAUCUAGCGCAGAUGCGCAAGGAGCUGAAGAGCUACCGCGCUCACGCAUACUUACCUGGAACCGUUGUCUAUGCCCGGAAGCCCCUAUGAACACAAGUGCUUCGCAUGUUGCGCUAAGGCAAUAUUGGCAAAGCUUAAUCAGACAUUCCAAGACGCUGCCUGUGCCUAUAUUGCAGUCUGCCCACGCAUCGAUACGAAUUAGCCUCACCGCAAUCCCGCCACAUGCCGUUAGACCGUCCAGGAGCGAAUGCACAUAUACCCGGCUGGGCACUGAUCAUACACGUGUGAAAGAUGGAAACAACGUCUGAAAGAAAUUUACCAUCCGAUAUUGGGCCUACGGGGAUGUACAUACUGCCGAACGCCUCCCUCCUAUAGGA